CCCAUUACAAGCGUAUCCCACAGCCUCUCAGUCAGUUCUAGUCUAUCGUUUAGAGUGCCUCAGACUACUACAAGAACUACUAACCGACUGGAGCAGCUGACGCAGGAUGGAUAGCUGGAGAGUUCUGUUUGUCGGCGUUGCAGCCCUCUGUGUCUGCAGUGCCGCAGGAGGCACCAACAAUGACUCCAAGGGUGUACUUAGGAUCGUCAACGAGGGAAACUUCGUAAUGCAGUGGGCCAUCACUUGGAAGGAGGACUCCACUGAGGUCAGCUGGGACAAGAACUGGAAGGACUUUCCUGGUCCUUUCAGCCAGGACAUUGAACUCCCAGGAAAUGCUCAAGACAUCAGCGUGUUCGCCAGGGUAGCCACCGGCGUGGUCUGGGAGUGGUGGCACACAGUCAUUGACAAGAAGGGUAUUCCUCUGGUGAAGGAGCGAACUUUUACAGUCAGUGGAACAACUCUCAAUCCCAAGAGUGUUAUAUCUCCUAGCGUUUAGUUGGUUACCACGAAUAGCAAAGUCAAAUUUCUAUUUCUCCCAGGGCUUGAGGUACGGCUUAUAAUGGUCUGACACUUUAUUUGACAUAGUAAAUCUUACAAACUUGUGUGAUAGUUAUGUUUGGUACCUUUUAAAAUGC